AUGAAAGAGUCAGAAAAACGUGCUAACGACAAAGCUUCGUCUCCUUUAAAAACACGGAUGAAAAACCAAUCGAACCAUCUGAUAGCUAUUUCCUAUCAAAGUUCCGAACAAGACAACGAAUUCAUUGACAGCUUAAAUGAAAGAUUGUAG